AUGCGUAGUAGAAGCAAUCGAUACUUAGCGAAUCUCUUGCGUUUCUGCAGAGAAAAAAGGUGUAAACUUUCCGGGAAAAUCAUUCAUGGGUUCGUUGUACGGACGGGAUUCAACAGCGAUGUUUAUCUCUGCAAUCGAUUACUGGAUUUAUACUGUGAGUGUGGUGAUGGAGAUUAUGCACGGAAGGUGUUCUACGAAAUGCCUGUGAGAGAUGUUUAUUCGUGGAACGCUUUCUUGACGUUUAGUUGUAAAGUUGGGAAUUUGGAGGAAGCGAGUGAUGUGUUCGAUGGAAUGCCUGAGAGAGAUGUGGUGUCGUGGAACAACAUGAUUAGCGUAUUGGUGCGAAAAGGGUUAGAGGAGAAAGCUUUGGUUGUUUACGAGAGAAUGGUUUCUCAAGGGUUUUUGCCUUCUCGGUUCACGUUAGCUAGCGUUUUGAGUGCGUGUAGCAAGGUUUUGGAUGGUGUUACUGGGAUGAGAUGUCACGGGGUUGCUGUGAAAACCGGUCUUGAGAAGAACAUAUUUGUUGGGAAUGCGUUGUUGUCUAUGUAUGGUAAGUGUGGGCUUAUGGUGGAUCAUGGUGUUAGGGUCUUUGAAUCGCUCUCUGAGCCUAAUGAAGUCUCUUUCACAGCUGUGAUCAACGGGUUAGCUCGGGAAAGUAAAGUUUUUGAGGCAGUUCAUGUGUUCAGAUUGAUGUGCGAGAAAGGUGUCAAGGUGGAUUCUGUUUGCUUGUCUAAUAUUCUCAGCAUCUCUGCUCCAAGAGAAGAAUGUGAUGGUUCGAAUGUGCUCGGGAAACAGAUCCAUAGUCUCGCGUUAAGACUUGGGUUUGUAGGAGAUCUUCAUCUGAACAAUUCGUUGCUUGAAGUAUAUGCAAAGAGUAGAGACAUGAAUGGUGCUGAGAUGAUUUUUGAUGAGAUGGUUGAAGUGAAUGUUGUUUCUUGGAAUAUAAUGAUAGCUGGGUUUGGCCAGGAGUAUCGAAGUGACAAAUCGGUUGAGUAUCUGAAGAGAAUGAGAGAUUAUGGUUUUGAGCCGAAUGAAGUUACGUGCAUUAGUGUUCUAGGGGCUUGCUUUCGUUCAGGAGAUGUUGAAACCGGUAGGAGAGUGUUCAGUAGCAUUCCGCAGCCGAGUGUUAGCACGUGGAACGCUAUGCUCUCUGGUUAUUCCAAGUAUGAACACUAUGAUGAAGCAAUAAAUCUUUUUAGACGAAUGCAGUUUCAGAACCUGAGACCUGAUAGAACCACUUUGAGUGUGAUAUUAAGUUCGUGCGCGAGAUUGAGAUUUCUGGAAGGAGGGAAACAGAUCCACGGGGUAGCGAUAAGGACCGGGAUUUCUAAGAACAGUCACAUAGUUAGUGGUCUUAUUGCUGUGUACUCUGAAUGCGAGAAGAUGGAGGUCUCUGAAUGUAUAUUUGAUGAUUGUAUAAAUUAUUUGGAUGUCGCUUGUUGGAACUCGAUGAUCACAGGUUUUAGUCGCAACUCAAUGGACACAAAAGCUUUAUCGUUCUUCAAAAGAAUGCAUCAGACUAGUGUGUUGUUUCCUAAUGAAACUUCAUACGCCACUGUAUUAGGUAGCUGUUCAAGUUUAUGUAGUUUACUCCAUGGAAGACAGUUUCAUGGUCAGGUAGUGAAGAGUGGAUACGUAAGUGAUCUCUUUGUUGAAACUGCUCUAACCGAUAUGUAUUGUAAGUGCGGUGCAAUAGAUUCAGCGAAGGAAGUCUUUGAUACAGUGUUGUUUAAAAACACGGUUUUGUGGAACGAGAUGAUACAUGGGUAUGCUCAUAACGGACGAGGCGAUGAAGCUGUUGGUCUCUACAGAGAGAUGAUUACAUCGGGAGAGAAGCCGGAUCGGAUAACAUUUGUAUCUGUCUUGACUGCUUGUAGCCACUCAGGACUAGUGGAUACCGGGCUUGAGAUACUCGGGUCGAUGCAGAGAGAUCAUGGGAUUGAACCGGAGCUGGAUCAUUACAUAUGUAUAGUUGAUUGUCUUGGAAGAGCUGGUCGGCUUGAAGAUGCAGAGGCUCUUGCAGAAGCUACGCCAUACAAAAGCAGCUCUGUUCUAUGGGAGAUUAUACUUAGUUCAUGUAGAGUCCAUGGAAAUGUGAGCUUGGCUAGACGAGUUGCAGAGAAACUCACAAGUUUGGAUCCUCAGAACCCAGCUGCUUAUGUGCUGCUAAGCAACACAUAUACUUCUGUCAGACAGUGGGAUGAAUCUGCAGCUCUUCAAGAACUGAUGAACAAGAGCAGAGUUCGUAAGAGUCCAGGUCGUAGCUGGAUCACAUAG